AUGUUGGUUGCCUUCUAUUUCUCUGAUUAUUUUCCUACAAUUGGUUGGCUGGAUAAAUACACUGGGAUGCUAUCUCGACUGGAGAAAGUUUUCAACAAGCUUGAUUUGUUCUACCAAGAACUCAUUGAUGAGCACCUAGAUCCAAAUAGGCCAACGUCAAUGGAUGGAGACAUUAUUGAUCUCUUGAUUCAAUUACAGAAGGACAGAUCAACUCCGUUUGAUCUGACUCUGGAUCACAUCAAGGCCACGCUUAUGCUAGUUAAUGCUGAGGAAUAUAUUGAGGGACAGUUUACUGGAAAUCUUGGAGAGAUUCUUGAUCAGAUUUUCAAAAAACAACUGCAGAACGUAUUUUUGGCCGGGUCAGAAACUUCAGCAGGUGCAGUAAUCUGGGCAAUGACAGCCCUUAUCAAGAACCCUACGGCACUGGAAAAAGCUCAAAACGAAAUCCAAGAGGUGCUUGGAGAGAAAAAAAUGAUAGAGGAAGAUGAUACUCAAAAGCUUCCCUAUCUCAAAGCAAUCAUCAAGGAGACCAUGAGAUUGUACCCAGUUGCUCCUCUUUUAGUCCCAAAAUACACAAUGGAAAGUUGCAUCCUAGACGGGUAUGAGAUCCAGCCCAAGACUACCGUUUACGUGAAUGCUUGGGCAAUUGGAAGAGAUCCUGAGUACUGGGAAAAUCCACAUGAGUUCUUGCCUGAGAGAUUCUUGAAUAGUACUAUAGAUGCAACAGGGAAACACUUUCAAUUCAUACCGUUUGGGGCAGGCAGAAGAAGCUGCCCAGGAUACUACCUGGGAGUAGCAACUGUGGAGCUUGCACUUGCUAAUCUUUUGAACUCAUUCAAUUGGGGAUUGCCUUCUGGAGUGAAGAAAGAGGACAUUGAUACUGAUGUUUUACCUGGUCUUGCUAUGCUUAAGAAAAAUGCCCUGCGACUUGUGGCAAAGAAACGUGUGCCUUUGUAGUGAAAAAAAAAAAACAUGUUAAAUGGGAUCAGAAUGUGUGGUUCAUAUACAAUGUACGGCCAUUUGAGGAAUUCUUGCUGUUUUGGUCUUCAAUUUGGUAUCAUCAGAUUUGAAAUGAAAGAGUUUAAUAUGUUGAAACAAAUUUUUAA